UUCCAGUGUCGAAUAAUAAACAUCUCGUUCACAUCCCGCUCAUAUUUAUUUGGAUAUGCCCAGCUGUUUGUGUGUUUUAACUGUGUGGUAUGUACACACUCCAGCAAUAGCUCUGUUACCCAGAAUGCACCGCUGUAGGGCUGCGAGUAAGCGACUGAGGAGGGGGUCCCACCAGCAACACUGAGUGUAGUUUCUAUUUUAUUAUGUUUAUUAAUUCACUUUUAACCAAGUGCUGACAGGGAGACGAACAAGAAGAGGACCGAGUUUAGAUUUCGUUGCGUGUAUAUCUCGGCCAUGCCUCUCUUCACGUCAAAUCCCUUUGAUCAAGAUGUUGAGAAAGCGACAAGUGAGAUGAACACAGCUGAGGACUGGGGCCUCAUCCUGGACAUUUGUGACAAGAUUGGACAGUCUCGCACUGGGCCUAAAGAAUGCCUGCGAUCUAUAAUGAGGAGAGUGAAUCACAAGGAUCCGCAUGUUGCCAUGCAAGCAUUAACGCUACUUGGUGCGUGUGUGUCAAACUGUGGAAAAAUAUUCCACUUAGAAGUCUGCUCCAGGGAAUUUGCUAGUGAAGUUAGCAAUGUGCUAAAUAAGGGUCACCCAAAAGUGUGUGAGAAGCUGAAGGCACUGAUGGUGGAAUGGGCUGAGGAUUUCCGUAAUGACCCCCAGCUCAGCCUCAUAUCGGCCAUGAUCAAGAACCUCAGAGAACAGGGCGUCAUCUUCCCUGCUGUGGGCUCUCAGGCAGCAGAACAAGCUAAAGCCAGUCCUGCAUUGGUAGCUAAAGACCCUGCAACAUCAACAAACAAAAAAGAAGAAGAAGACAUUGCUAAAGCGAUUGAGCUGUCUCUGAAGGACCAGAGGCAACAGCAGCAGCCUCAGGUCUCUCUGUCUGGCCUCUACCCGAGCACCAGCAGCCUCCUCACAUCUCACAAGGCUGACGGCAGAAAGGUCAGGGCCAUCUAUGACUUCGAGGCAGCCGAGGACAAUGAGCUCACCUUUAAAUCAGGAGAGAUCAUCACCAUCCUGGAUGACAGUGACCCUAACUGGUGGAAGGGUGAGACGUAUCAGGGUGUUGGGCUUUUUCCGUCAAACUUUGUGACAGCGGACCUAACAGCAGAGCCUGAGAUGAUGAAAACAGAGAAGAAGACAGUGCAGUUCAGUGAGGAAGUCCAGGUAGAGACGAUUGAACCGGAGCCAGAGCCUGUCUACAUCGAUGAGGAGAAAAUGGACCAGCUGCUUCAGAUGAUCCAGAGCGCAGACCCAACAGACGACCAGUCGGACACCUGUGAACUCCUGCAGUUGGAGGCUGCUUGCAACCAGAUGGGUCCUCUCAUUGAUCAGAAGUUGGAGGACAUUGACAGAAAACACUCAGAGCUCUCUGAGCUGAACGUGAAGUUCAUGGAAGCGCUGUCUCUGUAUGCUAAGCUAAUGAAUGAAGACCCAGUAUACGCUAUGUAUGCCAAACUACAGAGCCAGCAAUAUUACAUGCAGCAGACCCCAAACGCUUCCCAACAGGUGUACCCUGGCCAGUCCACUGGAGGGCAGUAUGCAAUGGGCAGCACAGCAGUACCAGGAUAUAACGUUCCAAUGGAGCAGCUCUCUGCAAUGAACCAAACAGGAACACAAAUGGCUGGACAGCCAGCUCCCGGUGAUGUCCAUAUGUACAUGGGCCAGCCUCCAGUCUACAGCCCGACACCUGGCAGCAUGCCUCCAGGUGAUGUCCAGUCCUACCAGACCCCAGCCGGCGCUCCAGCGGCCAUGAGCCAGACCCCCGGCUACUCCAUGCCCUCCACCCAGAGCCUCCCUGCUACCGCAGACAACCAACAGACCCCUUACCCUGAGAAAGCCCUCUUAUAGGACCCCUAGAGACUCAUACAAACACACACACACACACACUUACAGUCAUAAACAAGGAACAUUCAGCUCACACAAAGAUAUCUCCUAAAUCGUCUUCUCCUCCUUUUCUUUAAGACACUACAAACAAACACUGAUUCCGAUCAUGACAGGACGUGCCGAUCGUUGACUACUAACCGGUGGUGUUCUCACAGAGCGGUUCUGAUUGAUCUCAUACUUUAUUUUGGUCUCUUUUCUAAGAACAUUUUGUUGAAGGUGAACGUUAAGUUAUACGGUUUGUUUGGCAGCGUCAUUAUAUUAAUAAUCAACUGGACACAAAGAGAGCAUGCUUGUGUUGUACAUAACAUUUCCGUACCGAUAUGUAGGUCCCCAUAGUCCAGUGUUUGUCACAACAGGUCCUGAAGGGGAGGUUACGUCAUUGAGUGUGUGUGUGUGUGUGUGUGUGUGUGUGUGUGUGUGUGUGUGUGUGCGAGAGAGAGUGUGUGUUCAGUCCCUCAACAGUCAUCUCGCCUCUCCUCCAGAACCAUGUAGCGAAACACUGCCAUUGUCUUGACAGUGACCCAUCAGCCCAAUGUCUUUAAGCUCGAUUUUCAGUGUUAAGAAGAUCAGAUGUUUUUAGUGCUUUUUAUUUAUAUUUUGAUUGUCGUUUUGCUGUUUUAAUUGACAGUACUUUAAUAGAAGGAUGUAAUAUUCUGCCUGUGUGCAGAUGUGUAUAUACAAGAGCUCACUUCUGUCUUUAGAGCGUAACGUUCAAAGCAGCUGCUUCUCCUGUAGAAAGGGCACAUGGGAAGUUGAGGAGUAAUGCUGCUCCACAUCAUGCACUUUUAAUUUCCCCUUUUCAUUACCCUCAUUUCAUAUGUGUCCAUUUUAAACAUGCGUUUCCUCCGCUCUCGAAGAAGAAGAACCCGAAUGGCAUUAACCCUGCACUCGAACCUUUCUCCGUUUUUUUUUUUUUUGUUGAUAGAAGUACUCAUGCAAUUUUUUCAAACUCUCCGAGUCCGUAUCCCCUGAGAAUGAAUGAUCAUAGCGCGUGGUAUGAUUGAACUAACCUCUUAUUUUCGUAAGUCCUGCCAAGGGCUGAGACUGACACUAAAGAGAAAAGACGCUGUUGAUUUGAAUCUCCUACUCUAAACUAAGGCAGUACACCACAUCUCUGUCUCUGUGUAGCUCCAGUGUUAUCAGAGUAGUCGUUGACGUUUCAUAGAGAACAUUCUGGGAAAUUGGGACCAUGGGCCAGUUGUAACACCUUAGCAUUUGCACACGGAGAUGAUAAUCCUUACGUCAACCUUAUCCACAGGGAAAAUGACUGUUUUUGGUGUAUCAGUUCUAUGUACCCUGUUGUUUGUAUGUACUAUUUUAAUCAUCUUAAUUAUUAGUAUUCACAAUAAAACUAGGCCAAAUGUACAGCA